AGGAUUCACCUUGAUCUCGCUCACCCUAACUCCUAGUUUGAUUUUAAACACCGUGUAUUCACAUAAGCCUUCAUGUCUGAUUUCUUACGGUGUCGUCGAUUGGUAUUGCUCGCUCUAUGCUACCUGCGAGCAAUCCAAAGCAUGUCCGAAGGACCAAGUCAGAUGCAGGAAGUCGCCGGUUUAAGAAAAAUUGAUAGCACGAUGCAUCCUCAAGCCAACUUGGACCCCCUCGCUCACAUGGUAUUGGCACCAGCUCCAGGUGAUCAUGUCCCAGUCAUGGUAGGAAAUAGAGAUCUUGGGAGGGUUUUUACUUCCCCAUACGUAACAAGCAAAGAAACCAUCAGAUCACCGAAAACAGAAGCGUCCAAGAUUAUGGAUAUUGAACAAGCAGGGAAAUUCAAAAAACGGAAAAGGGAGGAGAUGGGAAUAGAGAUGGCCUCAAUAAAUGAAAGUAUUGCAGAAUUUGCCGGAGAGAUUUGCACCGAACUAAGCAAAAAUUCACACCAAUACCAAACCGUUAAAAUACCUUUUGACUGA